CUCUAUUAUGGUUAAUAAGGCCUAUCCUAGCAAUUUUAAGGAUAAGACUGCUUAUCCUAUUCAGAUAAAUGAUUUUGAUUCAUACGCAUCGGUAUUACUCGAAGAUCAUCCUAUUCGCUCAUAUCCUACUCAACCUUAUACCUUGGCAGAUAAGGUGGUAUAGUUGGGCUAUUUCAGUGUCCUGCU